AUGAACAAGUGGUCGCGUGACAUCCUGGAGCUGUGCGAAGAGUUUUCCCAUAGUGUGAUGGGAAUCGACAUCGCCGGAGACGAAGCCGGGAAAACCUUGAAGGGCGAAACCGAAGAAGAGGCCAUGUUGGACGAGGAGGACGUUUGGGCCUUUCAACAGGCGAAGCAGAAGGGAAUCCAUCGGACCGUCCAUGCUGGCGAAGUCGGGCCUCCUCAAAUGGUUCAGAAGGCGCUGGACGUGCUCCACGCCGAGAGGAUCGGGCACGGGUACAACGUGUUAAAGGAUUCGAAGAUCUACCAGAAAUGUCUUCUGAAUGGGGUGCACUUCGAGACCUGUCCUCAUUCAUCUUACUACACGGGCGCCGUUCCCCUCGCUACGGCCAAACACCCCAUCGUCAGGUUCGCCGAGGACGGUGCGAAUUUCUCCAUCAGCCGCGAUGACCCGACGGUGACGAUGGCAAGUCUUCAGGAAGAAUAUGACCUUCUGGUCGACUGGGGCCUCACCGAGGCUCAUCUCGUCCGAGCCAAUUUCAAUGCAGCCAUGGCAAGUUUUCUCCCCGAGAAGGAGAAGCAGGACUUGAUAGCAAAGCUGAAGGGCAUUUACGGCAUGGGGGAUCCGGAGAACCCGUGUCGAACGGAACGGAUUCCAGAGACGCAACCUUCCGUCCAAUUCCGUACCUGGAAUGAUAGAUGAGAGAAAAUAAUUCCACGACACUUAGACCUUGACACGAUCACCCAUACAUUCGUAUUCUAUGAGCCAACAUUUUAAUCUGCAUUUAGUGAACGACUUUAUUAGCAUGAUUCAUGAAAAUAUAUCAGAAUACGGGACAACUAUUAUUAUUAGAAUAUGGGACAUAUUAGAAUUUGUGACAACUAUUUCUCAAUGAAUUUCCCCUUCCAAAUAAAUUACCAUAGAC